AUGGAUCUCCUCCAAGUUAUGAAGGAGUUUCAUACUCAUGGGAGAAUACCUAGAGGGGGAAAUUCAUCCUUCAUUGUGUUGAUUCCAAAAAAGGAGGAGGCUUGUUCGUUGGAUGAAUUCAGACCGAUCUCUCUCAUCACCAGCCUGUACAAGGUCAUGGCUAAGAUACUUGCAAAUAGGCUUAGGUUGGUCAUGGAUUCUAUUGUUUCAGACAACCAGAGUGCCUUCAUUGGCGGCAGAUUCAUUCUUGACGGAGUGGUCAUUCUCAAUGAGGCGAUUGCAGAGGCAAAAAAGAGGGGCAAGGGAAGGAUCGUUUUCAAAAUCGACUUUGCGAAGGCAUAUGACUCUGUGGAAUGGGACUUCUUGGAUAUCAUGAUGGAUAGAUUAAAUUUUGAUCCCCUUUGGAGAAAGUGGAUUAGGGGCUGUAUUUCUUCGGCUUCGGCAAAUGUGUUGGUGAACGGCUCCCCAUCGGGAGAAUUUUCUUUAGAGAGAGGACUUCGUCAAGGAGACCCCCUUUCCCCAUUCCUCUUUCUUAUCGCAGCAGAGGGUCUCCACUCUUUGAUUAGCAGAGCAGUUGAUCGUUUUCUCGUUCAACCGGCAGUCAUCGGAAGAGAGAACUUAAAGAUUUCACAUCUGCAAUACGCAGAUGACACAAUUUUCCUCUUAGGGGAUGAUGAAGAUAAUGCAGGGGCGGUGAAGAACAUUCUGAAAAUUUUCCAACUCCUCUCAGGUUUGUCUGUUAACUUCAACAAGAGCACCUUGCUGGGGAUCGAAGUUGAUGACAGUAAAGUUGAAAGAAUGGCGGUGGUCCUGGGUUGUAAAGUGUGGAGAUACUUGAACGGGGAAGGAAGGAUAUGGGCUAGAGUGGUGAGAUCAAUUCAUGGUGAGGUCGAGUGGGGGGAUCAGGGGCCUAGAUGUUCGGGGCUAGGUAGAUCCGGUUUCGGAUGGUGGCCGAAGAUAGUGGCGGUGGGGGGGGACCAGAAUUCUGCUUGGUUUGCUGAAAAGGUCAGACGUAAGUUGGGGAACGGAGGGAGUGUUAAGUUCUGGAGUCACAUUUGGGCUGGUUCGACACCUCUUAAACAUGCUUACCCUAGACUCUUUCACAUGAGCACUAACAAAGAAGCGAUGGUUAGUGAAAUGGGAAAGUGGGAAGAUGGGCGAUGGGAGUGGAAGUUUAACUGGAGAAGGGAACUAUUGGAGAGAGAGAAGGCAGCAGUUGAGGAUUUCCUUCAGUUUAUCACUAACUUUGUUCCAAGCGCAGGAAUCCUUGAUAGCUGGAGUUGGUGCGGUGCAAAGGACGGAUGUUACUCAACGAAGGAGGCGUAUGAAGCCAUUAGAGAAACAAGGAAUGAAGUGUCAGUUCAACCCCCUCUCGAGGAAAUUCUGCAAAAGGUUUGGGGCAUGGCGGUUCCCCACAAAGCAAUGUUUCAUCCGCCCUUCUUGUGUCGCCUCACAUUUCAUACAGUUCGUCCAGCUCGGAAAGGGGAAGAGGUCGGAAAAGUUGUUAGAAGCUUUAUGGAGUUGCACGUGUUGGCUGAUCUGGAAGUGGAGAAAUGA